UUGAACGGAGGGCUUUGGCCCAAAAAAUGCUGAGAACCGCUCAUUGACUGUAUAGGAACAACUGCUGUAAAGCAAGGGACAGUCAUUAUAUCUAUGCUUCAAUAGGUGGCAGCAGGCGUCUGGAUGGAGCCACUAGUGAUACACAUUGCUGAUACAGCGAGGAAGAGAAAUAGGCGAGGCUUUGCUGGUACGACAGCGCCACAUUUGAGCGCUCGUUUGCUUUUGUCAACAAUAACAGACGUAGCAGAAGUUUUACGACAGUCUCUAAGGACGCCCAGAGAGCACUGCCACGGAUGUAGAGACUUCAGCUACAUGUGAAAGGUCAAAGAUGGUUCAAGACAGCGCUCAGAUACGCCAGCAGGGUGCCCAGGACUUUUUGGCGUACUAUGACUUUACCUGUGCCAGGCAGGAAUUGGUCCCCCUCCCUGCUGUUAAGAUGCACCUCGACAAAGGGAUGUUGGAUUUCAACGGAGACAGGCUCAAACUAACUGACUGGCCACCUGUUCUUAGCUGUAUAUCCAUCAACAAACACCUGCACCACAUUGCAAUAAGCAGCACUCACCAAGCUAGUUUGUGUUCUGGUGAUGCAGAUAGAAAGUACUAUAAGUCUAGCUUCAGGAGGAAAAUCCCAGCCAUUCGCUCUAAGGACAUGACAUUAAAGCUGUGCAAGGCCCUGAGAGAGUGUUUGACUAUCUCUUCCAACCUCAAGACUCUGCAGCUUAAUGGACUUCCACUGAGAGAGAGGGACCUCAUCACCUUGACAAAGGGUUUGGCAAAAAGCACUUCUUUGGAAAACUUAUCUCUUGCCAACUGCCCGAUUACCGAUGAGGGCUUAGAAGUUAUCUGCCAAAGUGUCAAAUAUUCAAAUAGCAUCAGGACAAUAGAUUUCACAGGAUGCAGUCUCACCUGGAGGGGGGCAGAGCAUAUGGCCAACAUCAUCAAGCAUCAGGGAAUGCAGAGACAUGGUACAGCGUGGGCAGAAUCUCUGAGGUAUCGUCAGCCACAGUUUGAGGGAAUGGGAGGUCUCCGCCGUGUCACCCUUAACUGUAACACUUUGAUAGGGGACCGGGGUGCUGCUGCCCUAGCAAAUGAACUUGCUGAGGACCUCUGGGUUAAAGCUGUGGACCUUCAGAGGUGUGGCCUGUCCAAUCAAGGAGCUCGUCGUUUGCUGGAGGCCCUGAAAACGAAUUCUUCUCUAUGUGUCCUAGAUAUUCGUAGUAACCCCUUAGUUGACAAGCUCCUAAUAAAAACUAUAAUAGAGAAAGUGCUAAUGAAUGCUAACGGACAGUCACCAGAGUACUGUUGGAUCAAGCCUGAAACCACUGAGCCACAGAGACUUUCUGGUCCAAAGAGGAGACCACUACCCAGCGCAGUAAGAGGAAAAGCUACACUGAGGAUAGCUGCUCAUAAGGGUAUAGCUCGGGGUGGACGGAGUUCAGGUCUUGACAAGACACAAAAGUCUCGCUCCUCUAAUGUGCCUUGGCGUGCUGCUGCUCGAGCUGGACGCCAGAGAGGUCUGCCUCCUGGAGUAACUGUUAUAGAUCAAAGCUUUGAGGGUGCAGCUACUGUGAAGGUUUCUGUGGACUCAUGUUCAGAGGGAGAGGAGGAAGUGGAAGGGAAAGAAGUUGUGAUUGAAGUGGGGCAGAGACCAUCUUCUCUGAAUCACCAGGACGUUGUCAGUGGACGGCAGCUUGAACGCAUGCAGAUGGAGCUGAAAGAGUGUCGUCUGAGGCUGGCAGAGGAGCGCAGGGCCAGACUAAAAGCAGAGUCAAGGCUCAUGGAGUUUGAGUUGGAGAAUGCCCGACUUCACGAUGCCAACCGCUCCCUAUCCGAGGCGCUCGCAGGUUCUGCAUCAGCACCACCUGCUUUCAGCGCUCUUGAAGAUGAGGCGGUCCUCGAGAGCAUUGAGAGCUCCUUUACUAAGUUCCACGCCUUCCUGGACCUCCUCAAGGAUGCUGGCCUGGGUCAGCUGGCAUCAAUGGCUGGGAUUGAUAAGUCAGAUUUCCAGCCUCUGGGAAGACCCCAGCUCUCCUCUACACUAGGACCGUAUUUGGAUGAUGCAGCCUCCCUGGGGAGAAGGGAGUACAGGACUGAUGCAGUCUCUUCGGGAGACCACGUCCUGCCUAGUGCCACCACUGGGGCAUCUGACCCCACCCCUCCCAGAUCUCCAUCUUCUGUCAGGACAGCGCUGAAUAAAUACAGGCUACUAGAUGUGACCUUCAGUCAGGCUUCAGGACAUGCAGCAGACCCAUGUGUAGGCGAAGGACAGGAACCAGAUCAAUAUUCAAAGCCUGAUACCCAGCCUGACUCAGGUUCUGAGCACAGUUUCCGUAGACAAAAGUCCUUUGAUGAAAUUUCCUUUGGUAAAACGUUCCAGGCUCAACCAAGUCGGCCCAAGAGCAGCAGCAGCUCUCACAGAAGCAAGAGCUCCCAUGGAUACAGCUUCAACAACGGCUAUGUUCACAGUCACGCUUCACAUAGCAACGGGUCUCAUGGUGGUUCGUCCGUGAGUGUCAGUGACAUCAUGAGUGACAAGGCUGAGUCUGUGCGAUCACUGGGGUCAAGGGACAGAGGGAAGUGACGGGAGGUCAGUAAGUGAGAGGUUUAGCAGAGGACAGCCAAUCCUGAAAGGUUCUCUGGAGCAGAUCAGGUCCCUGGAGGGUCUGUAAGGUCAGUCAGAUAAUAAAUACCUCUGAGCCACUGAGCACCAGAGAAAUGUGAAAAAAAAAAAAAUCUUCAAGUUCUUUCUGGCGUUAUUUAAGGUUAAUUCUUUGAUCUCUCUUCUUCAGCCUUAGUUAUUUUAUUUUAAGGAGACAGCAAGAGAAGUGCUCUCUGAUUUCAGCCAAAACCAGUAGGAUGUUUUAGUCAAUGAUUGAGACAUUUGUGUCAAAAAAGUUUAUUUUUUUAUAUAUGUAUGUAUAGCAACAAUUCAGUAAAGUGUGGAAAAAGAGAUCUAACCCCACCUCGGUCAAGUGUCUCAAAUCAGGUUUUGUUCAGCAUGAUCCUGAUCAGUUUUUCAAGUGCACAAAAAGGAAUUACAAUCCCUAAUGUGAAAUAAACAUUCACUGCUCCUCCCAUGAUUUUCUGGCAGUUUUACAAAAUCUUUUCUAAAAACACAAUACUUUUUGAUAAAUAUUUAAUUUGUCGUUUUUUAAGAGCUUUUACAGUGUUUCUUUUGUAUUAUUUGACGUUCCUGUUUUAUGUUCUCAGCUCAUAUUUCUGUGGUAUAAUAAACACGUUUUUCUGAGUUUUUAAA